CCGGCGGUCAUGCCCUUCGUCCGCGCCGCCGACGAGGUCGAGCCGCUCAGCCCGCGCGUCACCUUCCUCUGUCGCCGGUAUGCCUACAAGAAAGUCCAAAGAAUGGAUCCAUCAUCAAUCCAACGUGGAGUUCGACAGUUCAAAACAUACAUGUCCCUUAAACUAGAUCAGGAUGACACCCAAGUUAUGGGCAAUGAUGCAAAGGAAAUCCAACGAUUUUAUAAGCACUAUUGUGCUAAUCUGAGUAGGAUUUCAGAAAAGAGAAACUUUGAGGAAUUGGUGAGACGUUACCAAGUAGCAUCUGCUCUUUAUGAAGUUUUAAGAGAUGUGACUAACAACAAAGUUGAUUCUGAGGUGUUGAAGUUUGCGAAAGUGGUUGAGGAGAAGAGUGUUCAUUUCAAGAACUACAAGUACAACAUAAUUCCCCUGAACUUUCCUGGUUCAUCUGAGGCAAUUGUGGAACUCCCUGAGAUAAAAGGUGCUAUUGAUGCACUAAAUAGUAUAGCUGGUCUUCCGAUGCCACACAUGUCUUCUGUGCAUAGGGAUGGGGAUACAUCUGUACGAGAUUUACUUGACUGGCUUUCACUAGCAUUUGGAUUUCAGAAAUCAAAUGUGGAAAAUCAAAGAGAAAACUUGGUUUUGCUGCUUGCAAAUAUUGGUGCAAGGACUGCUGGGCAAGAACAUCCUUUGGUUGACACCGUGGAUGAAUUAUGGACAAAGAUAUUUCAAAAUUACCAAUCAUGGUGUAGCUAUUUGCAUAUUAGUUCAAUUAUCAAACAUGCUAAUGCAGUCACAAGACAAAAUAAACAACUAAUGCUUCUUCACAUUGGAUUGUAUCUUCUUAUCUGGGGUGAGGCCUCAAAUGUCCGUUUUAUGCCUGAGUGCCUGUGCUACAUAUUUCACCAUAUGGCAAAACAGUUGCACAAAAUGAUCGAAGAAAAUUAUUUUCAAUCACCACCUGGAUUUGAAGAAGAGGGUUCAUUUCUGAAAACUGCCAUUGAACCUAUCUACAUGGUUUUGCAGAAGGAAGCACAUAAAAGUAAAGGUGGUACAGCCGGCCACUCUACUUGGAGGAAUUAUGACGAUUUGAAUGAACACUUUUGGUCCGAGAAAUGUUUUACGACGCUUAACUGGCCAUGGGACCUCACUGCAGACUUCUUUUAUCAAGAGCACAGUACAUCAAGAAAGGCCAAAACGAAUUUUGUUGAAGUUCGCACAUUUCUGCACCUAUUUAGAAGUUUUAAUCGUAUGUGGAUGUUUUUGAUACUAGCUUUUCAGGCGAUGCUAAUAGUUUCAUGGAGUUCUUCUGGAUCUCUUUCUGGGCUUGCUGAUGCAACUGUUUUCAGAAAUGUAUUAAGUGUCUUCGUAACAGCUGCUCUACUCAACUUUAUUAAAGUAACCCUGGACAUAGUGCUUACUUUUCAAGCGUGGGGGAAUCUGGACUGGACACAAAUAGUCAGAUAUCUACUAAAAUUCUUCGUGGCCAUUGCUUGGAUAAUAAUUCUUCCAUUGGCCUAUUCUAGUUCCAUCAGAAACCCGUCUGGUGCUGGAAAACUACUAAAUAGUUGGGUAGGAAAUUGGCAUAAUCCGUCAGCAUAUAAUAUUGCAAUCAUCAUAUAUAUGGUUCCGGACAUUUUGGCUGCGUUUCUCUUCUUGUUGCCACAACUUCAGAAUGUCAUGGAACGCUCAAAUUGGCGUGUAAUUGUUCUUCUUAUGUGGUGGAUUCAGCCAAGAUUAUAUGUUGCACGUGGUAUGCAUGAAGAUAUAUUGUCCAUUAUUAAAUAUGUCUUCUUUUGGGUUGUAUUGCUCACCUGCAAGCUUGCAUUCAGUUUCUAUGUUGAGUUAUCCCCAAUGAUUGGUCCAACAAAGUUCCUUCUUGACCAAAGGAUUGGGAACUAUGAGUGGCAUGAGAUCUUCCCUUUCUUGCCACGCAACCUUGGUGUCGUUAUCACUAUAUGGGUGCCAAUUGUCAUGGUAUACUUCAUGGAUACACAAAUAUGGUAUGCUAUUUUUUCAACUGCAUUUGGGGGCGUUUCAGGUGCCCUUAGUCAUGUUGGUGAGAUACGCACACUUGCCAUGUUAAGAGCCAGAUUCAAAUCAAUGCCAGAAGCUUUCAAUAAAAGCCAUGCGACACCACAUAGAGAGCAAGCAUGUAGUGAGGGGAGAUUCUUUUGUGUUUGGAAUUCAUUCAUCAAUUCGUUACGAGAGGAAGACUUCAUCAGUGAUAGAGAGAGGGACAUACUGAUGGCCCCAUCAUCUUCAAGUAGUUUCUCUGUUGUUCCCUGGCCUCCUUUCCUUCUUGCCAGUAAGGUACCCACAGCUCUUCACAUGGCCAUGACAUCUAAAGAAGGGGAUUACCAUGAGCUGAUUGAAAAAAUCAAACUGGACCGGGACAGAUACAAUGCUGUCAUAGAAUGCUACGAGUCCUUGAUUCUUAUACUUAUGAAUAUUCUGCUAGACAAUAAUGAUCAGAUAAUUGUCGAUGAUAUUAAUAAAAGGGUGCUCGAUAGUGUGGUAAAUUAUACUCUCUUGGAAGACUUUCAUAUGGCAGAAGUUGGGAAAGUCAGCAACAUGCUAGCAAAAUUAUUGCAUCUACUGAGCAAUGAAUCUACUAAUGGUGGUGAUGAGAGAAAAAUUGUUAAUGCCCUGCAAGAUUUUAUGGAAAUUACUACACGAGACUUUAUGAAAGAUGGACAGGGUAUUUUGAAAGAUGAGAAUGAGAGAAAGCAGAGGUUCACAAAUUUAGACAUGGAUAUGAUAAAUCAUGCUUUUUGGAAGGAGAAGUUUGUCCGGUUGCACUUAUUGUUGACUAUGAAGGACUCCGCAAUGGAUGUACCAACAAACUUGGAUGCCCGACGUAGGAUCACCUUCUUUGCAAACUCACUCUUCAUGAAAAUGCCGAAAGCACCUCAAGUUCAUGAUAUGAUUUCUUUUAGUGUUUUGACUCCAUAUUACAAUGAGGAAGUGCUCUAUUCUUCUCAUGAACUGAAUAAAAAGAAUGAAGAUGGCAUUUCAAUUUUGUUCUAUCUACAAAAGAUAUACCCAGAUGAAUGGAAGAACUUUCUAGAACGCAUUGGAGUUGACCCAGAAGAUGAGGAGGCAGUAAAAGGGUGCAUGGAUGAUAUCCGUAUAUGGGCAUCUUACCGGGGUCAAACACUUGCCAGAACUGUGAGAGGAAUGAUGUACUAUAGACAAGCUCUUGAACUACAAUGCUAUGAGGAUAUGACAAAUGCGCAAGCUGAUUUGGAAGGAGAGGAAUCUGCAAGGUCCAAGGCGAUUGCUGACAUCAAAUUCACUUAUGUUGUCUCCUGUCAACUCUAUGGCAUGCAUAAGGCAUCAAAGGAUUCCCGUGAAAAAGGUCUUUAUGAAAACAUCUUAAAUCUCAUGUUAACGUAUCCAGCAUUGCGCAUUGCUUACAUUGAUGAGAAGGAAGUGCCAUUACCAAAUGGUAAAAUGGAGAAACAAUAUUACUCAGUUCUUGUGAAAGGCAACGACGAGGAAAUUUAUCGGAUAAGGCUUCCAGGUAAACCGACAGAAAUUGGCGAGGGAAAGCCUAAUAAUCAAAAUCAUGCAAUAAUCUUCACUAGAGGAGAAGCGCUUCAAGCAAUUGACAUGAACCAGGAUAAUUACCUUGAGGAAGCAUUUAAAAUGAGAAAUCUACUGGAAGAGUUUCUUAUUAAACAUGGAAAGUCUGAACCAACAAUAUUGGGUGUCCGCGAGCAUAUCUUUACUGGGAGUGUUUCAUCCCUUGCGUGGUUUAUGUCCAACCAAGAGACCAGUUUCGUUACCAUUGGACAACGUGUUCUUGCAAACACUCUCAAGGUACGAUUCCAUUAUGGCCACCCUGAUGUUUUUGAUAGAAUCUUUCACCUCACAAGGGGUGGCAUAAGCAAGGCAUCAAAGGUUAUCAACCUUAGCGAGGAUAUCUUUGCAGGAUUCAAUUCAACCCUGCGGCAAGGAAAUGUUACUCAUCAUGAAUAUAUACAGCUGGGUAAAGGACGUGAUGUUGGAAUGAAUCAAAUAUCCAACUUUGAGGCCAAGGUGGCAAAUGGAAAUGGUGAACAAACACUCUGUCGAGAUAUUUAUCGACUAGGGCACAGAUUUGAUUUCUACAGGAUGCUGUCUCUAUACUUCACUACAGUUGGUUUCUACUUCAAUAGCAUGGUGGCUGUUCUUACAGUAUAUGUAUUUUUAUAUGGGAGGUUAUAUCUUGUUUUGAGUGGCCUAGAGAAGUCAAUUCUCCAAGAUCCACAGAUUAAAAAUAUCAAGCCCUUUGAAAGUGCACUUGCCACUCAAUCUGUUUUCCAACUUGGAAUGUUGCUCGUUCUCCCUAUGAUGAUAGAGGUUGGCUUGGAGAAAGGAUUUGGCAGAGCCUUGGCAGAGUUUGUGAUCAUGCAGCUUCAGUUGGCUUCUGUUUUCUUUACUUUCCAUCUUGGAACAAAGACUCACUACUAUGGAAGAACGAUACUUCAUGGCGGUGCAAAAUAUAGAGGUACAGGCCGGGGGUUUGUUGUGCGCCAUGCAAAGUUUGCUGAGAAUUACCGGAUGUACUCCCGGAGCCACUUUGUGAAAGCACUGGAGCUACUCAUUCUUUUGGUUGUCUAUCUAGCUUAUGGGAUUUCGUACAGGAGCUCAAGCUUGUAUCUGUACGUCACAAUUUCAAUAUGGUUCCUUGUUUUCUGUUGGCUGUUUGCACCUUUCGUCUUCAAUCCAUCAUGCUUUGAGUGGCACAAGACUGUUGAUGACUGGAGUGACUGGUGGAGUUGGAUGAGCAAUAGAGGCGGUAUUGGCCUGACACCAGAGCAAAGUUGGGAGGCUUGGUGGAUAAGCGAACAUGAUCACCUGAAGAAUGCUACAGUACGUAGCUUGCUGUUGGAGUUCAUCAUCUCUCUUCGUUUCCUAAUAUACCAGUAUGGUAUUGUUUAUCAUUUACACAUAGUGCACGGAAAUAGAAGCUUCAUGGUUUAUGCAUUAUCUUGGCUGGUUAUAGCUAUAGUUCUUGUAUCACUGAAGGUUGUCUCAAUAGGGAGAGAGAAGUUCAUUACCAAUUUUCAACUUGUCUUCCGUAUCCUCAAGGGCAUUGUCUUCAUUGUCCUCGUCAGCUUGGUGGUCCUCUUAUUCAUUGGUUUUAAUCUGACUGUCUCUGAUGUUGGUGCUAGUAUUUUGGCCUUCAUCCCAACUGGCUGGUUUAUUCUUCUGAUUGCACAACUCUCUGGACCAUUGUUCCGGAGAUUGGUCUCGGAGCCGCUCGGCGCCAUAUUUUGUUCAUGUGGCACUGGGGGUGCAUGCAAGGGACCUUGCUGCGCCAGGUUUAGGCUGAGGACCCGGGCUGCCCUCCGCAAGAUAGGGCCAUGGGACUCCAUCCAGGAGAUGGCGAGGAUGUACGAGUACACCAUGGGUAUCCUCAUCUUCCUUCCCAUCGCUGUCCUGUCGUGGUUCCCCUUCGUCUCUGAGUUCCAGACCCGGCUGCUCUUCAACCAGGCCUUCAGCCGGGGGCUCCAGAUCUCUAGGAUCCUCGCCGGCCAGAAUGGGAACGGCUCAAAGAGAGACUGAUCCUGAUCAUGGGUUCUUCUCAGGGUCGACAAGUGAAAUACCAAUGUAAUGCUGCUCAGUUUGCCUGAUCAUGGGUUCUUCUCAGGGUCGACAAGUGUAUAUACCAACGUAGUGCUGCCCACCAGUUUGUUAUCACUGUCUCUAACUGCUCUUGCCGUCAUAUGGCGCUUCUCAGGAAUUUCUGUUCACUUCCCGAAUGCACGCAACGACUGGACAACACGGUAGUGCGCGGCUGGGGUGGAGCUUAGUGGAGGCCAAGCAGAGUCAGCAGUCAAAUUUAGUUAAAACUAGUUUCAACCCUUUUCUUCAGUUUUCUGUGGAGAGUUUGUUAGUGCAUGCCGCUUUUAAUCAAUGUUAGAGCAAGUAUAAUAGCAGGCUAUAAGCUGGCUAUAUACUUAUGUGAAAGAGAGAGUGGACGAGAGAUGGCUAUAUGCUUAUGUGGAGGAGAGACUGGAUGAGAAAGAGUGUAAGCAGACUGUUAGCUUAUAGCCAGCUUGAGCAUAGGAACCAAGAAACUCUCUGAGAGUGAUAUGUGGGUUCUGCAUUAAUGAUGAAGAGCUAACUAAUAUAUGGGUGGGCUAGGAGAAAUCUAUAAGAAAUCUUAUAGCCAGCUUGUUGACUAUAUUAUUAGCCUUGCUCUUAGUUCAACUUGUACCAUGUCUCCAAUAAUUAUAUUAUAUGAGGAAAAGUAUGGAACAUGUGUCCAAUAAUUAUAUUAUAUGAGGGAGAACAGUAUAACGUUCCAUGAUAAUGGUAUACUGUUUUCUAGCAUUUCUGU